GUGUGCCUUGUUUACCUUUCCUGUAGCCAUGCUGAGCUCUGAAUCCAGCUCCAUCUUCCCAGGAUAGUGCCCUUCUCCCUGGGAGAAGCCUGAAGGGGGAGGACAGAAGAGCUGUCAUACAUUCUUACAUCCUUAAAGCCAUGUCUGAGGAUUUGGUGACAUUUGGGGAUGUGGCUGUAGAUUUCUCUCAAGAGGAAUGGGAAUGGCUGAACCCUGCUCAGAGGAAUUUGUAUAGGAAGGUGAUGCUGGAGAAUUAUAAGAGCCUGUUGUCACUGGGAACUCCUGUUUCUAAGCCAGAUGUGAUCUCAUUAUUGGAACAAGGAAAAGAGCCCUGGAUGGUGAAGACAAAGGAUAUAAGAGUCACAUGCCCUGAUUGGGAGUAUUCAUUUGAGAACAGUGAAUGUUCAUUCAAGCCUACUACGUAUGAAGUAUUUGAAGGACCAGCUACAGUGAUGACAACAGGAAGAAGUCAUCUCAGUUAUGGCCUCGACUCUGUCAGUUUGAGAGACAAAUGUGAAAACCAAGGCUAUUUUAAGAGCCAGCUGGGAAAUCAGGAGACACAUUCAAGUCAACUGGUUAUUACUCAUAAAGAAAUCCAUGCUGAAGAACAAAGUAGUAAAUACAAUAAAUCUUGGCAAACUUUCCACCAAGAUACACAACAAAGCAGUCCCCCCAAGACCAAAGGAGUACAUCAGCAUGACCCACAAAAGAAAAACUGCCGGAAAGGAUCUGUUGAAAUGACACCCAAGAAAACCUAUAUAGAAAAGAAACUUUUGAAAUGUAGUGAAUGUGAGAAAGUCUUUCAUCAGAGCUCAUCCCUUACUCUCCAUCAGCGAAUUCAUACUGGAGAGAAGCCCUAUGCAUGUAUUGAAUGUGGGAAAACCUUCAGUCAAAGUGCAAACCUAGCUCAGCAUAAGCGAAUACACACUGGGGAGAAACCUUAUGAAUGUAAGGAAUGCAGGAAAGCCUUCAGCCAGAAUGCACACCUUGCUCAACACCAGAGAGUUCACACUGGAGAGAAACCUUACCAAUGUAAAGAAUGCAGGAAAGCCUUCAGCCAGAAUGCACACCUGACUCAACACCAGAGAGUUCACACUGGAGAGAGACCGUUUGAAUGCAUUGAAUGUGGGAAGGCCUUCAGCAAUGGUUCCUUUCUCGCUCAGCAUCAGAGAAUCCACACAGGAGAGAAGCCUUAUGUGUGCAAUGUGUGUGGGAAAGCCUUUAGCUAUCGUGGGUACUUAAUUGUACAUCAGAGAAUUCAUACUGGAGAGAGGCCCUAUGAAUGCAAGGAAUGUAGAAAAGCCUUCAGCCAAUACGCACACCUUGCUCAACACCAGAGAGUCCAUACUGGGGAAAAACCUUAUGAAUGUAAAGUAUGUAGGAAAGCCUUCAGCCAAAUUGCAUACCUUGAUCAACAUCAGAGGGUCCAUACUGGAGAGAAACCUUAUGAAUGUAUUCAAUGUGGGAAAGCCUUUACCAACAGUUCAUCACUUGCACAACAUCAGAGAAGUCAUACUGGAGAGAAACCCUACAUGUGUAAGGAAUGUAGGAAAACAUUUAGCCAGAAUGCAGGCCUUGCUCAACAUCAGAGGAUUCAUACUGGAGAGAAACCUUAUGAAUGUAGCAUUUGUGGGAAAGCCUUUAGCUAUAGUGGGUCUCUUACUCUGCACCAGAGAAUCCAUACUGGAGAGAAACCCUAUGAAUGUAAGGAUUGCAGGAAGUCCUUCAGGCAGCGUGCACACCUUGCUCAUCAUGAAAGAAUUCAUACUUUGGAGCCAUUCUUGGCUUUUCCUUCAUCCACAACCAAUCAGUUGCCAAGACCUAUAGGUUAUAUCUCCUAAAUAUGUCUGGAAUUUGAUCCCUUUCAUGCAUUCCCAUUUGAUCACUCUUGUCUAAUAUACAAUCUAUUUGAUGUGUGCUGUGGAAGUAGCUUUCUAAUUGCUCUCCCUGUAUCCACCAUUGUCCAAACUGCAGCCAAAAUUCUGUUUCUUUUUAAAAAAUCAUUUUAUUAGGGGCUCAUACAACUCUUAUCACAAAAAAUUCUGUUUCUAUAAAUAAAAGUUUAGCUAUGCCUUCUGUCCGUCAUUGAAAUCUCCAGUGGCAUCCUCCAGUUCUUAAGUUAAAAACACACUACCCUAAAAAUAGCCUGAGGUCUAUCCUACCUUGUUCCAAUCUACUUCCCAAAGUCUUCCCUCUCUACCCCCAAAAGUCUUAUAUUAUCAAUAAUUAUUCUCUGGAGUUGGAACUGAUUUAUGGCAGUGAGCUUUGUUGUUGUUUUGCAUACUUCACCAGAAUUAAGAACUCAGAUUGCAGCAUUAAAUAGGCCAGAGUUUCAGUUCUUACUGUAAAACUGUGUUCUCCUUUUGGGGAAUGUCCUUUGUAACUAUCAGUCUUUUUAUUUGUACUAUGGUAUUAAUAGUACUACCUCACAAGUUGGGAGAAUUUAAUGAAAGAAUGCAUGUAAAUUGUUCAGCAGAGUGCCUAAUGUGAAAUAGCUCAAUAAACAUUGAUAUAAAAUAACAAGAUACUGUGGUAUACAAAGAAGAGCUGAUCAUCUCAGCCAAAGUCAACUGAGAAAUUUAAAAUGCAGUAGCAUCCCAAGCC